GAUGCGGCGUGCUUUCUUUCUGGACCUGUUUUCAUGCAGCAGGAAGAAGAGACGCUGGAAAACUCAACAAUGUUGAGCAAGAGGUCGACGGCGGCGGCUCUGCUCGCCGUGCUCGUUGGUGUUUACCUGCUGCCUUCCCCCAUCGACCCCGAACCCCACGUACUGAAGGGCCCCCCCCCGGCCCUCGAGGGGCCGCUGGCCGUCAACACCCGGCUGCAGAAGGGUCGCCGGCUGUUUCCCGGGAAACUCCACGGACCCGAGUCCUUCGCCGCGGAUGAGGAGGGUAACGUGUUCACCGGGACGGUGGACGGGAAGCUGUGGCGGAUCAGCCCCGAUGACACGCUCACUCUCAUCACACAGAUGGGGCAGGAUUUACCAGAAUGCGGCGGCAGCCCGGACUACGAGCCCGUGUGCGGUCGCCCGCACGGCGUCCGCCUGGAUCGCCGCGGUCAGCUGAUAGUCGCCGACUCGUACCUCGGGCUGCACAGCGUCGACCCCCAAACCGGAGAGAAGACUCUGCUCCGCUCCAAUGCACAGGGCGCUGGCGGCGUUCCCUUCGCCUUCCUCAACGGCCUGGAGAUCUCCUCCCAGACCGGGUUGGUUUAUUUCACCGACUCCUCCAGCCGGUGGGGGCGCAGACACGUCAGGCUGGAGGUGAUCGAGCUGAACCGCCUCGGCCGCCUCCUGUCCUACGACCCGGAGACGGGACGCGUGGACGUCCUGCUGGACGCCCUCUACAUGCCCAACGGCGUGGCGCUGUCCCCCGACGAACACUUCCUGCUGGUGGCGGAGACGAGCAUCGGACGCGUGCUGAGGUACUGGCUCAAGGGGCCGAAGGCCGGCACCAAGGAGGUCGCCGUGGACAACAUGAUCGGUUACCCCGACAACAUCCGCCUCAGCGAUCGCGGCACCUUCCUGGUCGGCAUGACGACGACGCGGUUCCGGAAGGCCACGCCUCCCUUCCUGGACCUGAUCGCCCCGUACCCGGCCCUCAAGCGCUUCCUGGCCAAGGUGGUUCCGCUGCGCUGGUACGACGUGCUGCUGCCGCGCUACGCUCUGGUCGUGGAGCUGGGGGCCGACGGCGGCGUCGUCGUGGCGACGCUGCACGACCCCGAGGGCCGGCUGACGUGGGCCGUCAGCGAGGUGUUCCAGCACCGGGGGAGGACGUACCUGGGCAGCACCGACCUGCCCUUCCUGCCCGUCCUGGAGGCGGCGGGGGGCCGAUGAGGGACGGGGGGGGGUCCGGGGCAUCCUGGUCGUCUCCCAUCCACUCCGAGAACCUUAAUUGUGGAGAUAACUAACUAAUUAUAAUUAACAUGCAAUAAUGAUAAUUAUCUUAAAAGUAUAAAAAUAUAUUUGACGGUUAGAAUUUAAAAUAAAUAUUUUAUGUAUAAAAAGGACAUUUGUGAGACUUCUGCUUCCUGAAUAACGUGUUUUAUUAUUAAGAUGAAAAACAAUUCAUCUUUUUUUUACGCUUGACUCGGAUUGUCUGCUUUUCACCAUUUUGUUUUAUUGUGAACUAAAUAGUUUUAUAACUUAUUUAAAUUGGUUCGAAGGUGACAAAAAGAACAUCAGUCUCAAAGAUAUAAGGUCAUGAAUUUAAAUGAAAAAAAGACUCAUUUUUCAGAGAGAAAAUAAACAAACCUAAAUUCUUAAAGCAUCUUUGUAAUAAUAAACUUUACUUUUUUCCCAUUUAUUCUGAGAUCAGAUUAUUCUAAAAACUGAGCGAGAUCUUCCAGUUUUAUUUUGAACAAUUUCUUUAUUCGGACAAAAAAAAACACAAGCCAGAAAUUCACACAAAUAAUCUAAAAACAAAAAGGUUCCUAAAUGAAACAGUUCUGACAGAUUGAAAAAGUGCAUCAGUGACUUGAAACCAGAGUUUCACAUUAAUUCAGUUCAGAAACACUGCAGAGGAAAUAUGAAGUCUAAGAACUAAACACUGUUUUACUGCUGGAAAUAAAAAGUACAGUUUGAGAAAAUAAUCAG